UUUCAAAACUCAAAUGGUAUGUAACGACUUGAAGGCAUCAAUAUAACCUACCUAAAAGGAGUUGGCCAGUCUAGCAGAAUCACACAACAAGAGUAGCCUCAAGCAAUAGAGAUGGGUAAACCAUCAAAACAGACAUUCCACCUUUUCAAUGACUCAAAAAAUUACACUCAUUAAUUGAACAAUAUCAGAAGCACCUCUUGAAAACCCAACAUUCAUUCUCUGGAUGAUUUCAUUCUUUGCCUUCAUUCUUCUUUUUGUGAUUUCCACAUACAAAGUUUCAAGAAAUAGUAUACAUCUUGCUAAACAAAUGGGAAGUGGCAAUCCAAACAAACCCCAUUAUGAUAUUACCAUGUCAAAGAGAACUAGAAAGCCAUUGAAUCUCCAAAUGGAAGCUGAUCCGAUCCUCCCAAAAGCCGCAUCUCUGGAGAACGAAAUCCUUACAAAAGCCAUCAAAAAAGAAGAAGAGAAGUCUUCUAGUGAAGGAGAAGAGAGUGAUCACAAAAGCUUGCAACAACUUAUCAAAACCAGGAGUCCUCUUGGCCAGCACUUCACUGAAGAGAAGCAGCUUCAGUUGGUUGUUAAGCAUCAAGAAGAGGACUUAAAUGGAGUGAAGUUCAAAGGACUGGUGAGUCGGUAUGCAAGAGUUCUGAGCCGUUUGAUCAAAAUCAAGCGGGACUCCCAUUUAAGGCCCGGAAAAAUACCAACCCUCCGAUUGACACCCAAACAGUAGGUUUGAUCAAGUGGGUGUGGAUCUUUAUCAUCUGCUACGACUAUGAUAUAAUGUGGCUUGUAAUAGCCUGUGUGCUACAUGCUUCACUGUAUGUGCCCUUAUCUUUGGCUACGCCUACAUUGGUCUUAGACUUGUCAUUGUUGGUGUGAUGAAAUAUUAAAAUAUGAACUGGAACUGCAAUUGUUCACAUGAAUGCAGGGAUAUUCCAGCCAUUCCAUUAUACGAAAAAUCUUUGUUUUCUAUCA